UGUGCACGGACCGCGCCGGAUGUGCGUCAUCCCCCCCCCGCCGCCGGGAGGGGGAAGGGAAGAGGGAACAGGGAAGAGGGUGCGAAGGCCCGCCCUCACUGGGGAGCAUCGUGCCAGGCGGGGUGAGUCGCGACACACCAUCCGCAUUUCGGCUAGACCGCUGGCCGCCCCCUCACGCCCCCGCCCGGGGCUUCCGCGGCUCCGCCCUGCGCCGCCAUUGGCCGACGCAGUCACAUACUACGCAUAUCUUCAGCAAGCUCAAGCAUUUUACUCGUCUCCGUUCCAUCAGGUGAUGACUGCAAUGCCCAACAUGGAAAUGAUAACUGAGCAGCCGACUCAGGAGGACAUUCCAGAGCCAAACAUUGCUCAGGAGCCUCCAAAAGAAGUUAAAAAGGGGGGAAGGAAAAGAAAACCCAAAGCAACUGAGCCAAAGCAGCCCAAAAAGCCUGCUGCUAAAAAAGAAAAGCCAUCCAAGUCAAAAGGCAAACAAGAAAAGAUCACAGAUACUUUUAAAGUCAAAAGAAAGGUGGACCGUUUUAAUGGUGUAUCUGAAGCUGAACUUCUGACGAAGACUUUGCCUGAUAUUUUGACCUUUGAUCUGGAUAUUGUGAUAAUUGGCAUAAAUCCUGGCCUGAUGGCAGCUUACAAAGGACAUCAUUACCCAGGACCUGGAAACCAUUUUUGGAAGUGUCUGUUCAUGUCUGGUCUGAGUAAUGAACAGCUGAACCACAUGGAUGACCACACCUUGCCACAUAAAUAUGGGAUUGGAUUUACAAACAUGGUUGAAAGGACAACACCUGGAAGCAAAGACCUCUCCAGCAAAGAGUUUCGGGAAGGAGGGCGAAUUCUGAUGCAGAAGCUACAAAAGUAUAAACCUCGUAUAGCAGCUUUUAAUGGAAAAUGUAUUUAUGAAAUUUUUAGUAAAGAAGUUUUUGGAAUUAAAGUUAAGAACUUGGAAUUUGGGCUGCAGCCACAUAAAGUGCCAGAUACAGAAACUCUCUGCUAUGUUAUGCCAUCGUCCAGUGCAAGAUGUGCUCAGUUUCCUCGGGCACAAGAUAAAGUUCAUUAUUAUAUUAAGCUGAAAGACUUAAGGGAUCAACUGAAGGGCAUCACACCCAACACAGAGGUCCAGGAGGUGCAGUACACAUUUGACUUGCAACUUGCACAAGAGGAUGCUAAAAAGAUGGCUGUCAAAGAAGAAAAGUAUGACCCAGGCUAUGAAGCAGCAUAUGGAGGAGCUUACUGUGACCGUGCAACAUAUGACACUGACCAGUGCAGCUUGUCUUCAAAUGGAACUGCAGGAAGCAAUCCACAGGACUGCGAAGGGUCCUUUAGUGAGGUUCCUAACAGACAGUGGAUGACACAGUCCUUUGCAGACCAGAUUCCAGUGUUCAAUGCUGGCAUGACGCAGGAAGAGGAGGGAAGCAGCGUUUAGGAGCUGUUCUUUCUCGGCUAUGCACACAUGCUGCAGUUUUAAUGCAGUGAUCAAGAUUGGUACCUCAGUUCUCCAACUGAAGCAUCUGAAUAGUAUUUUAUCUCCCCUAGUUAUUUUAUUAUAGUCCAAAGUAAGUGUGUGGUAGGCUGAAAUCAAUGAACCAGAUAAUUCUAAGGAACUGUCCAAACUUUUUUAAAAAAAGUUAGCCCUUUUUUGUAUAUGAGGUUUAUAUUUAAUGUUUACCAUUUCUUGCAGUUUUGACAAAUUGCUUUCUUAUUUGUGAAGAUUUCUUUGAGUUGUUAAUUUUAUUCCAUAAAUUGCAACGUGGUAGGAACAGCAGCAGUAUACUUUUUACUGAUGCCUCAGUAUUUGGAUAUCUCUUAAUACUUUUAAAUCCAGAGGGGAAAAUGGAAAAUGUACCCUUACCUUGUGUGAAGCGGUGUUUUUAAUCAUGCACAGUUAAGGAAAUGGUGCUUUUUAAGCCUGCCUUUUACCAUCUUAAAAAGUGUAGAAAAUUGUGUUCUGCAGCUAUGGGUGCUGUCUUCUGGGUGGGAUGAGAGAGGUCUGUCUGUUCAGUGAGUGUACCAUAAUUGAGGAUGAAGGGAGUGAAGACAUCAUCUCAAGUCACAACACUGGAGAGGAAAGCUUGUGUCACACAGGACAGGGCCUAAAUAUUCUAGCUGAGCUCUCUUAGGAUAAUGUUUCUCUUAAUCACUCCAUCUCUUUCCCCCUUAAAUUCCAAUGUAAGGAACUAGAAUUACUUUUUUAAAAAAAGCAAAAACAAAGAGCAGUGGUAGUUCUUGGAUUCUGUGUUGUUUAAACUCCAUCAUUUCCAUAAAGUUAGUCCCUUUACCUGACCUUUAGCAGGAGAUAACCUCUUUGAAUGAUACAGAGAAUUGGAAGACUGCUUUCUCUUUAAAAGUCAUGUACAGCUGUGUUAUUUAUUUAUUAUCAUGUACAGUUAGUACAGGGUGAAAUAGACUUGCAUUUUGGCAGUUUUUAAAAUUAAGUUCUUUUCAAUCUGUAGUACCUUAGAGGGUGUUCCCUUUAUUCCACUUAAAAACACUGAGUGGAAUACAGGGACAGCUGUUCCAUGAAUAAAAAGUUUUCUGUAGAAACUAUAACUCUUCUGAGGGACUUGCCUAAAUGAUACACAUUUUUGGCCAAUAUUAGUGACUGAGGGGGAAAAAAAAUUCUUCCUGGUGCCUAAUUCUCAUCUUCUUUCCCUCUUUUAUCAUGUGAGGAAAAGAUGAAGUAAAAGCAAUAAGCUGAUCAAAACACUUAAGUUUUGAUGCUCUUAUGACAUUUGGUGCUUCACAUACUUGAAAACAGACGCAAACAGUAUCUCCACACUCCAUGCUGGUCCGAGAUUCCUGUACCAGUGUGAUUUAUCCUCUCUUCACAGCUAGUGACAGUUGUCAGUUGUGUGUAACUGGUUAGUGUAGGUUCUAAUCUAACACCUCUUACAGAUAUCACAAACUGUCAACCUGUUGUGAAGCAGGCAUGUUGUUACAGUUUGUUCCCAAAUUAUGUGGCUUAAUUCUGAGAAUCUUCAAUCGAGUGAGUGUGCAUUAUGAUUCUGAUUGUGUUCAUUAGCUGCAGCAUAAAGCUGUUCCACAUAUUGUUAGAAAGGUAUAGGACUUGUCUUAUUUAAAGCGUACCGUAUCAUGUAUUGCUGUUUACAUGGACGUUUUCCUGCAGGUGCUUGAAGUAUCUUUCAUCAGGGAUUUGCUACAAUUUAGUUUUAUUUUUAACAAAAUUAGAAGCAUGAAAUUAGAACUGCUGAGUAUGUAGCACAGUAGGAUGUAACUCCUGAAAGGCUAUCCUAUUUGAUUGGAAGGGAAAGGUCUCUUCCUUAAUGGAAUCACCCACUUGGUUAUCUGGGUAUAAAAUACAGUUGAGUGUACAAUAACCAUUCCACUAAAUACAGAAAUUCUGUGUCCUUCCUCAAAACUGGUGCUCUUUUUGUUACAGUGAUACAGAAGUUCUUAAUCUGUCUUAAAUCUAUCAAUGUUUCACAAUAAAAUCAGGAAUUGUA